CAUUCCAGAUAGACUGAGUGCUCACGCGCCACACGCUAUAAGGCCAUGCGGACACUCGUUGCUACUGCAACAAGUGUGCCCACUGCGCCUGUCUACUCGACGCGCUCACACAGGAGUUGCUCUUCGCUCCACAGCCCUCAAACUUUACUUCCGCAGUCUACUUAGGCUCGCGUCCGUUCAUUGCAUCUCCAUAAGCUAUUCGUAUUAUUGUUCUCCAACAUCCCUACUUUCGCCGUCUUCCAAAUUCUGAUUUAACUGUACACACUAUGUUCCUCUUCCGCGCCGUCUUCAUCAUCACGACUGUCUUCAUGGCUUUUGUUGCCCAAGUGAGCGCCAUCCCACCUCUCACUCGGUUCAUGUUGGAUGCCGUCCCCGAUGGGUCCGAGAGUGCCGCGGACUCCAACUCCAACGCUGUCGUGGCCCCGGGCGAUCCCGGUGCAGACACGUCUGCAUCUGUCGACCAGGAUGUUCCGAUUGCUGUCGAAAGCUCCCCUGUGCAAGAGGACACCGCAGUUGAAUCCUCCGCUGUAGCCUUAGCCGCAGAGCCUAGCGCUGCAGACAUUGCUGCGUCAUCGGCUGUUUCCGUACCUUCUGCUGUAGUCGGUGCCCAACUCGCUCAGGCGAAUGCUGCUGGGCACCUUGGCGUACUCGGAAGCACCAGCGUCCUCGUCGGCUUCGUCGUCGCAGGCAUCGUCCUCGCGAUCUGAGCUGCAUUCGCUCACUCCAUCGAUCGCUCGUAGAUCAUCUUCUCCUCCCGGACCCGCGUACGCUAGACGUAUCGAUACAUCUCGCCUUUCCCCGGAUCCUUGCCCCUCUUCUUCUCGCAUUAGUAUCAGUUGAUCUACUACGCUUCGCGUCUCGCAGAUCGGCCGACGUGCGCUUUACUUCUGAGAUUACUACCUUACAUGUUCUGCUUUGCUCUGUAUUGCCUCCACGAUAUCCUUCCUCCUGGUUCCGCGCGUCGCCUUGUCGUAUUGCUGUCUCCAUAGCCUCCC